AUGCAAUGGAAUCGAGUUGAAUUAAUCAUAUGUGUGUUACUCACAAUACUGCUUGGUAUAACAUUAUUUGGUGGGAUAGCAUUAUGGAAAGUAUGUUGGAAGAAUGAAAAAAGUAAACUUAUCUCAACUAUGCAAAUGCAAUUUCUCUAUCAUAUGAAACAACAACAA